AUGGGUUCACUCGCCGAUGUUGUUGCUGACGUAAAGAACCUCACCUCCGACGGAGCCGAUAUUAUCCCCUCGCUGGCAUCCGCCUUCGAACGAUACAAUGAGUCGCAGCUGGCGACGGUGAAGCUGCCGGGAGCGAGCCAGGAGGUCCUUGUGAGCGAGUUCAACAAGCUGGAAGACAACCGAUACUUUGAUCCGGAGAGCCAGACGUCGUUUGAGGUGGACCACGUGACGCAAGAAGCGUCGGGUGCCCAGUCCUACGUAUUGGAGUCGCAGAAUGCCGAUCUUAUCAAAUCCCUCCUCAAGUCGCUUGGAACGCACGCCCGCGAGCACUACCCCAGCUGCUCCUACGGCGUGUACCCGAUUGAGAACGACUCGGCCGUCGCCAUCCUGCUGGUCGCGAACCGCUACUCGCCCAACAACUUCUGGAACGGCCGCUUCCGCGCAAUCUACCAGGUCCCCGUGUCGGGCGACUCCACCGCCGUGACCGGCAAGAUCCACGUCGACGUGCACUACUACGAGGAUGGCAACGUCGCGCUCAACACCACCAAGCCCGUCAAUGUGUCGGUCCCGUCGGUAUCGGCGGAGGCCAUCAUCUCGCGGAUCGCGGCCGCCGAGCGAGACUACCAGGAAGAGCUGAACCGGGCGUUUGUGCAGAUGGCAGAGGGGGCAUUCAAGGGCUUGCGCCGACAGCUGCCGAUUACGCGACAGAAGGUGGAGUGGGAGAAGGUGGGUGGAUACCGGCUGGGACAGGACAUUGCUGGGGGGAAGGGGCGGUGA